CAAAAAAAAAACAGACUGUCGAUGAUCUCUCCGAGGCUCGUUUGAAGGAAAUUAAACUGUCUGUCAUAUUUGCUAUUAGUCUUUUUCUUUAUUACAAUUAUUAUUCCUAUACUUUUUUUCUUUUCUAUUCUUUCCCUUUCUUUUUAAAUCCAUUAAACCAUGGAAAGCGUAUUACCCACUCUUUCUCUAAAUGUUCACGACUUUAUCAAUUCAGCUCCGUCAAAUCACUUUUUACAAUACAUGUUUGAACAGUUUCUGAUCUUUAUUCCAUAUACUAGUCAAGCAAUUCAUUCAUCCAAGACCUUGCCUUCUUUGCCAACUUUUAUUACCUUGGUUGCACAACGAUCAAGAUCAAAGGCCGGUACACUUUUGGCAGCCGUUGUGCUUUUGCAACGAUUAAAGAAAAAAAUAGACCGAAAUAGUACUUUGUAUUCACAAGACCUCAUACUUCAUGAAGUCGUUUUGGGUAUCGUCAUCCUUACUACAAAGUGGUUGCACGACGCAUCUCCUAAAAACUCCCGGUGGGCAAAGUAUGUUGGCUGUUAUAGUACAAAAGAGAUUAAUGCCAUAGAAAAGAAGUUACUUGGUGCUAUGGAUUAUCAACCAAAGAUCCCAAAUGAAGAUUUUGCCUCUGUCUUUGAAAACUACUGCCGCUCUGUGUCGGUACAUUCAUCUUUGCUCUCACCUGGUACCAUGAAUCAACAACAACAUUUACCUCGAUCCGCUUCUUCAGGUAGUCUUCCACGUUCAUCCAGCAACAAGCCAUCUUCACUUUAUUCACUUGUACAGCAUCUCAAGUGGAGUAUUGCUGAUUUUAAAAAAUCUCCUAACAAUGGAAAGACAAAGGCGACAAGUAGUGACAGAUUGAGGUUACCUUCAAAAGUGGCUCAUAGUAGCCCAAUGACACGUAUUCAUCAUGGAUCGUCCGGAAUCGAUAUGCCUCUUGGAUACGAAAACAUGCUCUCUGGGAGUAGCAGUAGUAGCAGUAAUGCGUCCUCAGUAGAUCUAAUUCAAGCAACCAGUGAUAUAUUCCUAAGCUUAUCACAGCACAUAUCCUUAUCCUCAUUGGAUUCUGAUUCGAUUAUUGAUAUCGAUUCUAUCACUACACCUUUAGGCUAUCUCGACAGUAAUGAUAGUAUGGCAAUUCGAUUAUCCAACAAAAAAAUCUAA